AUGGAGAUCCUCUCACGUCUCCCAGUGAAAUCGCUCAUGCAGUUCAAGUUGGUGUCCAAAUCAUUCAAUUCUCUCAUCAACAAACUUGAACUCAUAAUGAAUAUCCUGUCACGUCUUCCGGUAAAAUCUCUUAUGCGGUUUAAGUUGGUGUCCAAAUCAUUCAACUCUCUUAUCUCCGACAAGCACUUUGCCUGCAAGCUUCACCUUCCAUUCUCCGCUCGAAACGCCAACCCGCCAGUAAUAUUCUGGGAGUCACCUGACGCAGAUGCUGACAUCUCGAUUUUGCCUGUCAAAUCCUUACUCAAAAACCCUCUUCCUCUUACCACCGAAUUGGAGACCUUAAGCUCCAAUUGGAAACAUCCCUACACGCCAAUAGGCUCCUGCAAUGGCUUGGUUUGCUUGAUGGGAACUCAUGAACAAUUUUUGUGGCUUUGUUUCUGGAAUCCUGCCACGAGAUCAACAUCUCAAAAGUGGUUCACAUUACGACUACACAAGCCUAACUCUUAUCUCUAUGAAAUCUUUAGUGGCUUAGGCUUUGGCUAUGAUCAUGUUAGUGACACUUACAAGGUGUUAUUCGUCUGCCAAAAUCAGGAGGCCUUUGUGUUUAACAUGGGUGACACUUAUUGGAGACGCGUUGUUUCAUCUAUCCCACCCUAUUUUGCCAUCACUUCAUCAGAUGCGGACAUUGGAGUUUACUUCAACGGGACUCUCAACUGGUUAACCUAUGAGGACCAGAUUGGUUGUGAUGUCAAGAUUCUUUCCUUUGAUUUGAAUAAGGAAGAAUUUGAGAGGUUCUUGGCGCCUACUAUGCCCUACUGUGGAUUCUUUGAUGCAGAUCUUGGAGUUUUGGGUGAAUGUCUGUGUGUUUCUAUCUUUGAAGAUGAAUGUUUUACCAUUUGGCAGAUGAAGGAGUUUGGAAUUGAUAAGUCUUGGACUAAAUUGCUCAAUUUUUAUAAUGUGAAUGAAUUAUUAGACCGUGACUUGCCUACCUUUGGCUUUCCUCUAUACAUGUUUGACAAUGGUGAUGUCCUUGUGCCCCUAGAAGACAACUUCUACAUGCUCAUGAAUGACAAUGACGUGAGAGAUCAUAGAGUACUGAAUCUUCAAUUUUUGGAUAAUUUGACUUUUCGAUUUGCCAUGGAUGCAGCACUAUUUUCAGGCAUUCCAGUCCCAGGAUCUGUUGGUGCCCCUUCCACUUCCUCUCUGGUUGUUAGCAGAGAUGCAAUUGACGCGGCAGACCUUGGAAAAUUGCAUUAUUUUUUGGAUAUUGAAGUAGUGCAAUCAGCUGCCGGAAUUUCUAUUUCUCAAAAGAAAUAUGUUAAGGAAAUUCUGGACAACUUUGAAAGGAUUGCAAUCCAGUAG